CAGGGUGUGUGUGUGAUGACCCUGAGGGAUCAGCUGAGGAAGAUGACAGCGUUAGGAGAGCAGGAUGAUAAACACUGGUACAGACUCGUUAACAGCAUGUCUGUUGGAGAACUGAGACAGAGGCAGGAGAUGAUGAUGAGGAACCCGAUGGCUUUGAACCCACAGGUUCUCACUCAGACUCAACAGAGACUGCAACUCGAGCCCCGAUUCGUCGACAGGGAGCUGGUCCCUCCCACUGACAUUGUCUCAUCAUCAGAGUCACGCCCUCUGGCCCCCCCACUGCCCCCCCACUCUGCUGUCCUCACAGGAAGAGCCUUCAGUUCUGCAGGAGGUUACGGCUUCCUUCCACCUGAAAACAUGGAAACGGUUGCUAGGCGACAAGAGAUCAUGCACAAACAGAACAUAGCCAGGAUGGAAAUGAACGCCAUCCUGCAGCAGAAGGAACUGGAGAACCAGCAGAAGACAUUACUGACCAACAUGGAGAACCCACUUGUGUACCAGCACAUCACACAUCCCAGUCCUGCCAUCUUCAGAGGACGCCAUCGUCUUCACGACAGCCAUGACGUCUUUGACCUCCACGCCAACAGCUUCCUGAUGUCAAGCCCUUACCCACCAAUCAGCACCCUGCAGAGGGAGAGGGGGCGGCGCCCUGGGAGGAGAUCGGCCAACCAGAAGUUUUUGGACAGCAGUGCUGCGUUUCAGUCGGAGAGGAACCAGAUGGAGGAGAAGAAUGUGGACGAGAUUCCUGGAGGAGCUUCAGGAGAGGAGAAGGAACCAGAACCAGAGGGAAGAGUGGAGACCAGCAGUGAAGCUAAUGCUAAUGCUAAACAUCAGCAGGCUAAAGUGGAGCUAACAGGAAGGAAAAGUUACAAAAACGGAGAGCAGAGUAAAGUAUGUGUUAGCGCUCAGACAGGCUGCACACACACAGAAGCCGCUAACAUCAGUAUUGCUAAUGGCGACAAGGAUAUGGACAGGUUCCUGUUCCCGCCCACCACACCGCUCUCAGCGUUCUCAUACGUGUUCCCCCUGGGAGGGAACACACUACUGCCUCCUGCGCACGCUAACAUGUUGCUGAACAUGGAUGAGAUCUCUGCAGUGGAGGAUCUUCGCAAGUGGACGGUUGACGAUGUUUACAACUUUAUCAGUAACAUCCCGAGCUGCUCUGAACACGCUCAGAUGUUUAAAGAUCACAUGAUCGAUGGAGAAACUUUACCGCUGCUCACAGAGGAUCAUCUACUGGACACACUGGGGUUAAAGCUUGGGCCUGCUCUCAAAAUACGCUCUCAGGUGUUAAGACGGAUGGGCGGAGCACUCUGCAUGACUGCCCCACCCCUCACUGCUCCACCCCUUCAGCCACUGCUGGAGAAACAUGUCGAUAGAUCACGUGACAUCAUUUCCCCUUUGACCUGCAGCACAGAAUUAACACAGAGCCCCAGUGUGGGCGAGUGUGAGACUCUCAGACCCCCCGCUGGGCACACACCCACCACCAGGAGCGACUCGGCCUGAAGGGGGCACCGUUCAUCUCUCCCUCUCUCUCACACACACACACUAUUCUUAUUUAUAUUUUCCUACCACUAGUUCAUAUUCGCUAGUGAUGAGUCGCUGUUUUCUAUCAAGAAGAAAUCAGUUCUGGGUUUAAGCUCAAGUUUGUUUAUUUUCGGAAGUGAACGUGUUUCAAAAAAAGAAACCGAGCAAUCAGAUUCCCAGCGCUGAUGUAUUAAUGUUGUUUUCUA